AUGAGCGGCUGGACUGUCACAUUUUUCGCACUCUUCCUGGUCGGAUGUACUGUAGCAGGUAAGACUGUAGCCAUCCAUAGUCAACCAACUAGAGCUCCAAAUAAGGAGUCUCGAAGAGAAAACGUUAGCGGAAUAACCGUUCCUUCUGAUAAAGCCCGUUCGACUAACCCAGCUUUUGAUAAUCUUUUGGACCAAUUAGAAGAACGCUCCAAUAAACACUUUCAAUUGCAGAGAAAACCACCGAGGAUCAAACAGCAGAGAAGCGGGCCCAUCCCGACGGGCAGAUGCUGCGGGCCUCCAACUGGAUCAGUACUCGGCCGAUGAUGAGUCCGGACAACGAGAUCGGUUACCUAAUUCAAUACCUGGAGAAGCGCGCGAGUUCCAUGGAGAACGACGCCGAAUCACGGGACAUUCGCUCGCCUCUUGGCACGAUGCGAUUCGGGAAACGUGCUGACGGACCGCUGGGAACCAUGCGAUUUGGAAAGAGGAACCCUCUGGGCACGAUGAGAUUCGGCAAGAGAAACCCACUGGGCACAAUGCGAUUCGGGAAACGUGCCGAAGGACCGCUGGGAACCAUGAGAUUCGGCAAGAGGACGCCCGACUUCUACGACUAUUGA